ACUACACGCCCCACGAUGCGCGCUGUGCGGGAGGCGAGUGUCCCGGAUGUUUUGUGGGCCGCCGGAAAAGAAGGGCUCCGUGUGGCGCGGCCAUCUUGCUUGUUAGCGCUGGUGCAGGGGGCUCCGCUCCGCAGAAUCGGAGGAGAAUCCCGCCGCUGGGGCGCCAUCAUGCCCGGACACCUGCAGGACGGCUUCGGCUGCGUCGUGACCAACCGGUUCGACCAGCUCCUGGACGACGAGUCCGACCCGUUCGAGAUAUUAAAGGCGGCGGAGAGCAAGAGGAAGGAGGCGGCGGGGGCCGCGGGCAGGACGGCCGCUCAGGCCGCCAAGCAGCCGCGGAGAGAGGCGGGCAAGGACAGGAAAAACCCGCUGUCUGACAAGAAGGAGGAGGCCCAGGCCCCGGUCCCGCUCAAGAAGGAUGGAAUGAGGAGGGUGGGGAGGAAGCAGGAUCAGCAGGGUCAGUCCGGCGGUCCCCCACACCACCAGGGGGCGCCGGGAGAGGGACGUCCCGCCGAGAGGAGAGCGGACAGACGGCCUCCCCGCGAGAGACGUUUCGAGAAACCGGCCGAGGACAAACCUGAGGGAGGGGACGCCGCCGUGGACAAGCCAGUGGGAGACAGGCCUCCCCGGGGUCGCGGUGGUGGACGCGGAGGCCGGGGUGGUCGUGGACGGGGCAUGGGCAGAGGAGACGGCUUCGACUCACGAGGAAAGAGGGAAUACGAGCGACACAGUGGCAGCGACAAAUCGGGACAGAAAUCUGACGACAAACGAGGAGGAGCCGGAUCACACAACUGGGGCACCACCAAGGAAGAAGCCAGCAACACUGAGGUGGAACAGACGGCUGCACCUGAGACACCUGCAGAGGGGGAGGAGCAUGCACCUGCAGACUCAGAAAACAAGGAGAACGAGGUGGAGGAGGUGAAGGAGGAGGGGCCGAAGGAGAUGACUCUGGACGAAUGGAAGGCCAUGCAGAAUAAAGAACGCGCUAAAGUGGAGUUCAACAUCCGCAAACCCAACGAGGGCGAGGACGCGCAGUGGAAGAAGGGCUACGUCCUGCACAAAUCCAAGAGCAAAGACGCCGCGAGGCCGUCUGGAGGUCUGAUUGAAGCUGCUGAACCUGAACCUGAAACUCUCCAGAAGGGUGCCUCUGACGAAGGUGCAGGUGACCAUCACUUCCGGAAGCCGGCCAACGACAUCACCUCCCAGCUGGAGAUCAACUUCGGAGACCUGGGUCGCCCGGGCCGCGGGCGGGGAGGCUCCCGCGGGGGCCGAGGAGGGCGAGGGGGAGCCCGGACCGGCCGAGGGGGCAGCAGAGCUGAGAAGGGUGGAGGCGUAUCCGUUCCCAACGUGGACGACCCGGAGGCGUUCCCGGCCCUGGCCUAAGCCCCGCCCCCUCGUGUACGAGGCUUGCAUGCUUACGGAUUCUUCGACUCUAGAAACCAGAAAAAAAAAAAAAAACGAAAUUAAAAA